AACCAGUCUACCGGAUGUUGAUAGUCAAUUACUGUCAAAAUAGUAAACAUUCGGCAAUUUGACCAUUUAAUUAAUUCUUUAUUUCAUAGCAGCAACAGUUAUGUGACUCUAAAUAGUCAUGGAAAACUACGAAAAGAUAAGAGUUGUAGGCAGAGGUGCAUACGGGACAGUACAUUUAUGUAAGAGGUUAAGUGACAAGAAGCAUGUGAUAAUUAAGCAGAUUCCAGUAGAACAGAUGACCAAGGAUGAGAGACAGUCUGCCCUAAAUGAAGUUAAGGUGUUGUCUAUGUUGAGUCAUCCAAAUAUUAUUGAAUACUAUGAGAAUUUUCUCGAGGAUAAAGCUCUUAUGAUCGUGAUGGAAUAUGCACAAGGUGGAACUCUAUUGGACUAUUUACAGUCACAGAACAACAGGCUCUUAGAAGAGGAGGAAAUCUUGCUGUUCUUUGCACAGAUGUUACUUUCCAUACAGCAUGUUCAUUCUAAACAAAUUCUUCACAGAGAUCUAAAAACACAGAAUAUAUUGCUGGACAAGAAAAAGAAAGUGGUGAAAAUUGGGGACUUUGGUAUCUCAAAAGUUCUAAGCAGUAAAAGCAAAGCCUAUACAGUUGUGGGUACGCCAUGUUAUAUAUCACCAGAACUAUGUGAAGGCAAACCAUAUAAUCAAAAGAGUGACAUCUGGGCUCUAGGAUGUGUACUGUAUGAGUUGGCCAGUUUAAAGAGAGCAUUUGAAGCUGCGAAUUUGCCAGCCUUGAUCUUGAAAAUAAUGAGAGGCACAUUUGCGCCAAUAUCAGAACAUUAUAGUGAAGAGUUACGGUCCCUGAUACUAAGUAUGCUUCACCUUGACCCAAAUAAAAGACCAGACAUCAAUCAGAUCAUGGCACAGCCAAUCAUCAUCAAUGCUCUCAUUAAUAUACAUACAGACAUGGGAAAAGUUCCAUGUGCAAGAAUGCACAGACCAGUGACCCCUGCAUUACCAUCAACUGCCAGGAAUAGAUUAAGAGGCAGUGCCGUAAGUGUAAGAGAUUCCCUGCCAAGCAAGCCACAAUCUAUGAGUAGUGUUUACUGUUGGGGUGGUGGAUUUAACACACCAAUCAAGCUACCACUACCCACCAAUGAUACACAAGUUGUAGAGGUGUCUGCUGGUAGAACACAAAAAGCUGCUGUCACAAAGAAUGGUCGACUCUUCAACUGGGAGUCACCAGGUGUCGGGGCUGAUUCACUCAUACCAGGAUCUCUUGACACGACCACUCCAGGAUUCAUACCACGGUUUCUGGAAGGUCAGUCAGCAGUAGCCAUACAACAUGUAGCUUGUGGGGACCUGUUUACAGCAUGCCUGACAGACCGAGGGAUCUUGAUGACUUAUGGCAGUGGCGCCAAUGGCUGUCUAGGUCAUGGCAACUUGAAUGAUGUUACUCAGGCCAAGAUUGUGGAAGCUUUACUUGGAUAUGAGGUGGUUCAAGUGUCAUGUGGUGCAUCACAUGUUUUGGCUGUGACCAAUGAGAAUGAAGUAUUUGCUUGGGGGCGUGGUGAUAAUGGUCGCCUUGGUUUAGGCACUCAAGAUUCACACACAACACCCCAGGCUGUGCAGUUUCCGGAAGGGGUAAGCCCAUGUAGUGUGAAUUGUGGAGUAGAUUGUUCCAUGGUUAUCACCCUUGACAACAAACUCUUCUGCUGCGGAAACAACAGGUACAAUAAGUGUUGUUUAGAUGAAAUCAAUCAAGAAGGGCAGACAAUCAGAUUGGUAGAGGAAGUUAGACAGUUUACAAAAGUUACCUCCCCUCCAAUAGGAAAUGCCUUAGUGAAAACUGUAUCCAUGGGAACUUCACAUUCAGCCAUUGUCACAGUUGAUGGUGAGCUGUAUACAUGCGGUGCUAACCAGUUCGGUCAACUCGGCUACCAGACAGACUUCAAUAAUAAACAAGCUAGUCAGGUAGAGGCAUUAAAGGACGUGAAAAUACAUAUGGUUGCCUGUGGCGAUACUUUCACUACAGCUGUCUCGCAAGAAGCAGAAGUAUUUUCAUUCGGUAAGAGUGCAAGAGGUCGAUUAGGGAGGUCAGAUCCUGAGACGAUGACACCGAAGCGUAUCAACAUAGUCAGUGAUGAAUUAUUCUCUGUAGUUUCUAUCUCAUGUAGUCAUGGUUCAACACUCCUGGCCACUAGACCCCUGCAAGGAAUGGUUGAUUGAUGGCAUUAGAAAGGCUUUUGUUGGCUUAUCAGCUUUAUGCUUAGUAAAUGGGGUUAGUUGACCUUGACCAAAGAUCAAAGAUAGUUGAGAGAAAAAAUCACAAUGAUUUCCUGGAGAUACAUGAGCUGUCAGCAACAACAUUUACAACAACAGAAAGAAGGAAAUAUUUUAUGAAUGUGUAGUUGUUGAUAUCCAAUUAGGAAAUUCUACAUAUUUUUUUCUGUCAGCAAAUUAGUAUUACGCAGUAUGGACCUCCAAAAGAAAAUAUAAGUUUGGAGAAAGGGAAAUCAUUGCAGAAUAUUUUAAACAUAAAAAAGAACAAAAACACUGUGCUAUGCAUAAUAACCAAAUUGUUUUUGUGAAGGUGUAAUUUGUUUGUUUUUUAAUGUCUUGUUUUUUAUGCUUAAUCAUUUAAGAACGUUGGGAAGGAAUAGAGAAAAAACAUAUCACUCUGAAGGAUACUAAAAUUAUUACAAUCUUCCCGUCAAAAAUUAUAGGGACCCCAUCAGGUCUCAAAAUAUGCAUAAAAUCUUAUGCUUUAGUAUGAAAAUUGUGGGACAUAACCUGAUAAAUCUUGUGAGUAAUAAAAUUAGAUACAGAAAUUGGUAAAAGAAUAGAAACAAAAACACACACACCUAAAAAUAAAUCAUAGAAUUUAUUUACCCAUAAGUCUUUCAGCUUUUUAUACACAUGUUUAUACAUCAUGACAUCCUUCUGUAUAUGUAUGAUAUUGUCAUAUAUAUAUAUGAUGACAUCAUAAUAUCAUGACAUCAUUAUUUAUAUUAUUACAUCAUAGUAUCAUUUGACUUAUAUCAUUUAAAAAAACAUUUAUUUUUUAUUGUGAAGACUUAAGCUUAGCUGGUCAUUAAAGGGACUCCACUGAGGUUUUUAUACAUGACAGGAGUGGAAAUUAUUUUUCUAGAUUUUUAUGCCGUUUGAUGUAGGUCUAGCCCAAUAAUUGGUAUGAGAAAUUAGAUCAUUCGCUCACUCAUUUUUUUUUUCCAGAAUAAUUAUUUUAAUUGUGAAAAUUACCGAAAACUCUUUUCUCUAAAAUAAAGCUGAGAAAUUCUAUAAAAAUUUGAUUUUCAAUUUACUUCUGUGUAUAUUUCUCAAUUAUCUUUUGCAUAUAUUUUUCUUUUUUCAGUGCCACAUUUGGUCUAUGUCAGAAAUUCAAAUUUCAUUUUUGGACCUUUUUGGACCUCAGUGGAGUCCCUUUAAGUGCCGAUAGGUGUAUACUUACACUGUAUACUGCCAAUUGAUAAAAGUUGUUAUGAUGAUAAACGCUCUUAGGGUUUAAUAGCACAUUAUGCCUGAGAAAAUUAACUAUUUAUUCAUCUUAAAAAGAGGCAAACGUGUGUUUAGUAAUGUUUUAAUAAUGUAUUUAAAACAGUUAGAUUUCUGUCACCCGAAGGAAGAAUAGCUGAAUGUGAAAUAAUUUGAAAUAAAGGUAUCAAAUUGUAAAUAAAGUGGUAUUUUGACUUCCAUACUAAAUACUAAUUCACCAAUAAAUAUAUAAGUAAAAAACAGCCAACUAUGUUUCAGCCUUAUGGUAAAGAAGUACUUUCAGCUCACCAAAAGCAAAGAAAAAUAAAAAAAUGUUGAGAAAGGAUGAAAAUAGGAUUUACUGGGGAAGCUUGAUGGGCAUUUAAAUUUUUAGAUGCUUUUUAUCACUGCAGUGGUUCUAGCCAAACAGUCU